AUGGCUCGUUUCAAUCUGUCUUUCUUUACCGCCUUCCUUGUCCUCGCCUCAUUCGCGAUUGCCCUGCCGACCAAGCGUGAUGUGGACCAGAAGAGUAGUCCCAUCGACGCCGCUUUGGGCCCGUUGAGUCCCGUCACAAACGGCAUAAUGCAGGACCUAGGGUUAGAUUCUCAGCCCACAUCGUCAACCCACGCCCCCGCAACCUCUGCCACUGGCACCCCAACUGCAACACCGAGCCAGCGGGUCGCAUCGGAGCCGAAGCCGAAGCAGCAGGAGGGCAAGACGACCAAGCCCGACGUUGGCGAACCCACCAAGACGGACAAGGACCAGUACACGGGCAAUUUCGUCACUCCGACUGCGGAACAGACUUCAGCUCAAAACACCGCCAAACCUAAUUCUGGUGCUCUAGGCAAAGUUCCCAUUGUCGGUCAGCUGUUGAAUGGAGGUGGUCUUAUAUAA